CAUUGGUGUCGGGUGAUUGGGUGGUUUUUCUUUCCUCAGCUUUUCUGUUGGAUUAUCUUUCUCAUUGUUUUUUCCUCCUAUUACUUUUUUUUUUUGUUGCAAGGCGUCUCUACUGAUAGAUGGACGGGAUAUCCUGUGAAUUUGUUCUUUUUGUGUCCCCUCUUCUGAUCCUCCUUGCCUUUUUCAUCAAAUACUUUCUUUCUUACCUUCCCCCACAAACUUCCUCUGAAACAUCUCCUUCUCUCUCCACUAAACCUAUACCAAGCGAAAUUGCUCAUCAGCUCUUGUGUUCCCUAUUUUCUUCUCUCUCUUCUCUUCUGAGGCAUCAGACCCUUUUUCAUAUUAAAUUCAUGUGUCGAAACACACCACACUUGGUUCGAAGAAGAACAUUCCCAUUCAAAAUCAUGUGAUUAUAGACCUCGAGCAGGAUGAGAGGGAAGUCACCCUAAAAAAUUCUAAAUAAGCCUUUAAUUGGAACAUACUUAGUACCACUA